CCCAUCGCCAUCAACAUCCCUACUUCAUUAUUAAAAUCCAGCUUCCGCUACUGUAACCGUACCAAUAAAAUCAUCACUCUGAUACAAACCUCUUUUGUCCUUAGAAGCUGUACACAUAUGCCGAUAAUCAUGGCUCUCCAAGCUCCCGAGCAAGAAAGAAGUUCCUCAUCACGACGAAGCUCUCCAGAGAGAGUCGCAACCCUCAUCCUUCAAGAGAAGCCCAUCCAUGCCCGCCAUAUCCCCACGAAACCCGCGACGGUGGAGAAUCGAUUACGACCUGCUGCAGAUGUCAUCAAUCGCAUAAUAUGGGACCCGGACUACGAUAGUGAUGAUUUCGUGAUUGUAUAUGAGGACCGAUUCGAGGGACGCCUUGAAGCCAGCUUCAACACGUGGAAGCGAGAGACGACGCACGACGAGUUCAUCCCCCAACAUCGUAUCCUCCAUAUCAAACGCCGGUCGGAUGAAGAGAUUGUAUGGGAUCGAAGGAGGAGGAUUGACAAGGUCUUCUGUAGUGGAAACUCGGCCUUUGACUAUCUGGGCUUUCUUAGUUGAAUGGAACAACUUUCGAGAGGACGUACUUUUGAUGU